GUUCUGCUGUUUGGCAGCUGAUCGCGUCCUUCUUGAAACUCCCGAUCUCGGGGACCCAUUGCAUCGUGGGCGCUACCAUCGGCUUUUCCCUGGUCGCCAUCGGGACGCAGGGGGUCCAGUGGAUGCAGCUCGUCAAGAUCGUUGCCUCUUGGUUUAUUUCCCCGCUGUUAUCUGGCUUGAUGUCCGGAGUCCUCUUUGUGCUGAUUAGAUUCUUCAUUUUAAACAAGGAAGAUCCUGUGCCCAACGGUCUCCGCGCCCUCCCGGUGUUUUAUGCUGCUACCAUCGCUAUUAACGUGUUUUCCAUUAUGUACACGGGAGCACCAGUUCUGGGGCUGGUGCUGCCCAUGUGGGCCAUCGCUCUCAUCUCGGUCGGCGUAUCCGUGGUAUUUGCCAUCUUAGUCUGGAUUUUCGUGUGCCCCUGGAUGAAGAGAAAAAUAGAAAGCCGGUUAAAGAAAGAUGCGGCGCUGUCGAGGAUAUCGGAUGAAAGCCUUGAUAAAAUCCAGGACGAAGAAACGCCGGUCUUUAAAGAGCUUCCCGGUGCCAAAGCAUCCGACGAGAGCACGAUCCCCCUUACCGGUGCCGUAACUGAAGCUGCUGGGGCAUCGGAUGCCAUCGCAAAUGGAAACCACCCGCGUGUGCCCUAUG